AUGCAAACUCACUGCUUCAUUGUGACACAAACCAAUUUGGCUUCUAAUCUGGAGGCUCCGACCACCAGCAGCCCCUUCGUGAGCUGCAAAGCCUUUCUCCCCAACUCUCCAGAGGGUUGUGAGGAACAUGAAGAGAGCCUGUCCGUGUUCUGUUUGGAUGACAUGGAGCCUUUAUGUAAACAAUGUGCAGCUGUGAAUCAUGCAGGACACAAGAUUUACCUCCUGACUGAGGCUGCUUCUGACUGCAAGGAGGAGCUCAGAACAUCAGUAAAUGGACUGAAGAAGAAGAUGAUGGACUUUGAGAAAGUCGCACAGACCUGUGAACAUGCAUCCAAACAUAACCAGGCUGAGGCCAAAGUCACAGAGGAGUGCAUGAAAAAGGAAUUUGAGAGUCUUCAUCAGUUUUUGAGGGAGGAGGAAGCAGCUAGACUGCUUGCACUCAGGGAGAAACAGGAGAAGAAGAAGAGAGAGGCGGUAGAUUCGAUAGACAGAAUGAAUCAGGUGAUAAAAUCUCUGGAGGAGAAGAUCCAACUGAUUGAAGAGGAGCUGAACACAGGAGGAGAUGGGGCUGAAUUUUCAGAGCAUUACCAAGACACGCUGAAUAGUACAUGGGCAGGUAGAAGUGUGCCACAACAGGUUAGCAGACCUCUAAUAGAUGUGGCCAAACACCUGGGUAACCUCCAGUAUGGUGUGUGGGAGAAGAUGAAACACAUCGCCCCCUACACUCCAGUGACCCUGGACCCUAGGACAGCUGGCCAGUCUCUGAGGGUGUCUCCUGGUUUAAACAGUUUCCAUUUCACCCCUGGUCCCUCACAGGAUGCUGCUUUCUCUGUCCCAGCUAACCCUGAACGUUUCCACCCUUAUUCCUGCAUCCUGGCAAGAGAGGGCUUUGACUCCGGAGUGCACUGUUGGCAUAUUGAGGUUGGUGACACCAAUAAUUGGACAGUCGGUGUGGCUGCACAGUCCGUGUCCAGGAGGACAGAGUUUGAGGCCUGUCCAGAGGCAGGACUCUGGUGUAUCAGCCUGCGAGACGGCAAGUACCAAGCUCUGACCACUCCCUCUGAAGACCGAAAUCUCAACAACUCACCCCACCUUAGAAGAGUCCGUGUGAAGCUGGACUGGGUUGAAGGGACGUUGAAAUUCAUAAAUGCUGAUACUGCCACACAUCUUUUCACAUUUAGAUAUUGCUUUACUGAAAAGGUCUACCCAUACUUUGAGAGUAUAUCGCUGUGUGGAGGCCUUGCUCUGUUGGCACAGAGCGUGAACAUCAGAGUGGGGUCAGAUUAUGUCCCUGUGGAAGACACUGCUAUCACUGAGGGGGAUCGGGUGAUGAACAGCAAAUCCUGCACUGAGAGAGACAUUGACACUGCAUCGACUAACAGCAGCAAGAUGUCAGAGAGCAGAUGUCUGACUGAAGAGAAAAACUCAGCAAUUGGUUCUGUGCGAGAGGAGAAGAACACCAAACCUCAAGGAUGCACCAGGAAGGACCAGCUCAUUAAAACAAAGCUGGCUGGAAAGGAAAAGAAAAAAGACAAAAACAGAGCAGCAAGCCCAGGUUCAGUCCUAACUACCAUGUUUCACUGAACAGAGCCCGCAAGGAAUCCAGCAAUCACAAACAAAUCCACAUGAAUCAUGUUGAUUAUUAUACUUGUGAUGAAAAUAAAUAACUAAAUAAAUAAGAGACUACAGCCAUAAUUAACUAUACUACCUACUAUACUAAGUGUUGUUCUAAGUUUUUAGUCAUGCUAGCUCUGUGGCUCUAGGGAUGGCAAUAUUAGUCUGUUGGUUGGUCGGGAGUGUAUCUAUGUUCCCAAGGUCAUACUGUUCUCCAGCACAUUAUCCUCUUGAUAUGACACAAUGAGGGGACCUUUCAAAAAGGUUUUAUGUUCUCAACAGUGUUUUUUCUCUUGGUAAUCACCCACCUACAGCUUUAACAGCUUACUGAUGUAAUGCUCCUUGAAACAUACCCCUCAAAUUAGCAGGCAAUACAGUUCUCUUGACUAGACAUUGCUAUGUCCACAGUGGGUGAAAACAUAUUUUUAUCAUUCGAACAGCAUUUGAAAUGCCCAUGUCCUCCCAAAGUCUUUGCUAUUUGAAUGUUAGCCCAUACCAGUAUCUUACAAUGUUAAUUUUUUAUCAAGAGACACACGUUUAGAUUUUGCUUUACUGAAAAGGUGUACAGCUGCUAACAUACAUGUAAACUCUCUGAUUACAUUGUAUUUUGUGUAGUGUACAUUUGCUGUGUGCUCAUCAGUAUUUAAAAGGCUCUGAAAUUGUACCUCAGUGUAACCCACCUAUAGUGAUCAUGGUUACAGUGAUCAACCACUAAUAUGGAUUAAGAAAAACAUGAGACAGAAUCAUUCCCAUACAAAUGCUGUUUUAAACAAUUCAUGUAUACAGUGUUCAGUGGGUCUUUUCAUACAUAUAAAUAUAUAUGGAAAAAUAAAAUCUGUACAUUUUAUCAAUACAUUUGUGUUCAAACUCUGCUACCAGUUCACCUACAGUCUAAUUUCAGGCCUGAUAAAAAUUAUGAAAUGCACUGAAACCACCGCCAAGCUGUGGCUUAGUAGCCCAUUUGUAACACUGACUUUACUGUAUUUGUAAACAGCACAAUAGUGUUUUAGCCUCUAGCCUAAUUAUAAUUUCAACUACAGUAAACUAUAUUUUAUACAAUACUGUAUUACUGUGAAAUGUAUUUGAAUUAUACACUGUACAGUAAUUUAAUUUGUACAGUGAAACAGCUGCACCGUAUUUUGAAACAGCCAAUAAAAUCCAGUAAACAGCAAA